AUGGGCCUCGCAACGGGGGGCGGAGGCGGUGGCGGCGCGUCCGUAGGGGUAGCACCCGAGAUCGAGGACGACGCGGCCGGCGCGGGGGUGCCCGAGGCAAGGCUCAAGGGCGAGUCGGCCGAUGCGGUGGCGCCCGAGGCAGGGCUCAAGGGCGACGCUGGUGAAGUCGCCGGUGGUGCAGCGGCGCCCGAGGCCGAGCUCGAGGGUGCCAUAGGAGGUGACGGAGGGGCGCCCGAGGUGGAACUCGAGGGCGCCGCACGAGGCGCGGUCGGGGCAGGAGGCGCAACCACCGGUGUAGGCGGAGGGGCGGCGCCCGAGCUAGGGCUCGAGGGCGGCGCGGGCAGUGUCGGCGCGAUGCUGUGGGAAUCGCAAGGAGGCCGCUGCCGUGGCAUGCGCGCGCGCGGCACCGUCAGCCCCGUCGCCUUCCGCGUGGUCGUCUAG